CUGAGCUGCCACCCGCCGGGGAGCGCACCGCCUCGGGCUCGGCGGUCGGUGUCCUGCGCGCGGCCGGGCGGACCCCCUGCGCACCCGGCCGCCUCGGCGCCCCGGACCCGAACGUUUUCUCGGCAAGCUCGAGCCCCCGCAGCGGAAACUAGAGGCUCGGGAUGGUUCCGUCCAACACCACCGCGCUGACGCCCUUCCUGACGGCGCUGUGGCGGCUGGGGACGGUGGCGCCGGGCGGCAACGUGUCGGGCGUGGCGCGCCGGUCGCCGCGCAGCGAGGACGGCCAGCUGGCCGCGCUCUACAUCCUCAUGGUGCUGGGCUUCUUCGGCUUCUUCACCCUGGGCAUCAUGCUGAGCUACAUCCGCUCCAAGAAGCUGGAGCACUCCCACGACCCGUUCAACGUGUACAUCGAGUCGGACUCCUGGCAGGAGAAGGACAAGGCGUACUUCCAGGCCCGCGUCCUGGAGAGCUGCAAGGCGUGUUACGUCAUCGAAAACCAGCUGGCGGUGGAGAGGCCCCGCACGCACCUCCCCGAGAUAAAACCUCUGUCGUGAUCCCACGGUUGGUUAAAGCCGGACCGAUUCUGCCUGGCGAUCUGGUUUUCCUCAUCCUGUGCCUGUUGUGCUCUCUCUGGUAGCGAUGUCGUUAGGGUGUUUUGCAGAUCCUAAGGGGUGAGGGGUUAGCUAGCUUCAUAGCACUGUUCCUCUGCAAUCCCAUUCCUUCCCUGGGGACUGCCAGCUGCUCCCCAGUGUCUGUCCCUGCCUUGUUGAUUUUAGCAGCAGUCCUGAGAUCACGGCCUCUGAGAAGAGCUCUAUUUCCCAGACUCCCUUGCAGGGUCCUAGCAAGGUCACGUAGUGACGUUUGGGCCCAUAGAAGUGGGAUUCUUGAGAAGGAAAGGGUGCGUCCUCCACUUCCCUUUGUCCCCCCUUCCCAGUGGCUGGGACGGGGAUGUGGUAGUGAGCCAGCUGUGACUCUGGAAAAGGACAGCAUCCUCAGGGAUGGCAGAGCAGUGAAAGUCUGGGCAACGUCGUGGGGCAGUGCUACCCUGCCUUCCUGCUCACCCAUCAGCUCAGGCAUUAUGGGAAACAAACUAACUCUGACCUUCCUUAGACCCCUGUUAUUUUGGUUCCUGUCAAAAUAACAGUCAGUAUCCUAACUAGUAUCCUAUUUUAUAGGACUGAGACCAGACGCAUAAUACUCCCACAUUUAUCACAAGCUUACCCCCUGCCCUAGUCACAGGACAAUACCACUCUGCCCUUGUCACUAACGCCCUUGCUACAGUGACUCUGGCCUCCUCUUCCUCCCUCCCUCCUUCCCCUCCCCUACAUCAACGCUUCACACAUACCCCCUCCAAACACACACACUUUCACACCCACACGCACAUGCAUACCCACAGAGGCACACACGCGCACACAGAAAUACACAAAGAGACACUUCCUACUCACACGUGUUAAUCUCAAAAUAAUUCACUUCCUACAGGACUGAGAUGCUGGAGAAAAAAUUUCCACUUCAAAAUGGGUGCCAAGGAGAGAGAGGGGUGCACCUGCCUCCCCAGAACCCCAGAGAAAGAGGGGGUCUGGGUAAGUGGUAACACAUGGCAUCAAGGGGACAGGGCCCUUUGAGACGAUGUGCCCAUCGUGGUUGAAUUGUAUCCCCCCGAGAAGACAUGUUCAAGUCCUAAACUUGGUCCCUGUGAAUGUGACCGUACUUGGAAAGAGGGCUUUUGCAGAUGUCAUCAGGUGAAAAUGAGGUCCCUGGGGUAGGCCCACAUUCAUUAUGACCGAUGCUCCUAUAAGAUGUGGGAAAUCAGGUCAUGGACACAUGGGGAGAACCCUCGUGAAGACAGGUGGAGACUGGAGUGACCCUUCUGUGAGCCAAGGAUGGCCAAGGACUGCCGGCCACAGCCAGACUGGGAGAGGCAAGGAGAGUCUCCCCCUACAGGCUUCACAGGGACAUGGCCCUGCCACACCAUGGUUUCGGACUUGGGGCCUCCAGAACUGUGAGAUGAGGAGUGUGUCAUGUUUGAUUUGGAUUCUGUUGGGACGACCACAGGCGACUCAGACAGUGCCCCCCGCCCCCGCCCCGCUCUGCCCCCUCUCCCAGAGAUAGCAGUUUUCUUGGCCACUCUCCUCCUCAUCAGACAGAAGAUUCUCUGGGAAUCAUCCCUCAAAGAUGAGAGAGGAGGAAAAGAAUUAGGGGCGAGGCAUGUGGUGCUGGGGCCAUUGCUCAGGGCAGUGGAAGAAAACCCACUUAGAGUUCCCUGACCUUCGAGAAUCGCAGACAACACGCACCGUGGUUUCGGCCUGCUUACCCACAAGCAUCGCUGGCCGUUCUCAGUGGACGAAUCGGGAGCAGCCGAUUGCAGCCCUGGCUUCACAGGCUGACCGUGGUGCCUGCAGGAGAGCUUGGAGGCAGGGGUUAGGACAUCUCUGGGACAGAGCUCUGGCCUGGAUGACUAUAGUCCCCAUGAUGAGUGCUUCUUGGGGUCUGAAUCAUUUGAAAAUCUAAUAAAAGCUGCGAUCCCCGGGACCCGAAAAAUGCACAUGGACACAUUUUGCCCAGCAUCUCCGGGGAUCAAGGGCUGCUGGAAACCAUCUCACACUUGCUUGCCCCUCAUGGACCCUACAUGAGCUAUCUGCUUCCGACAGACCCACAUUGCCCACGGGGAAGGCAGGUGGACCUGGAGCUCAGGUUUGGAGGGGAACCCCGAGAGCAUGUGACACGUGAUGUGAAUCAGAGCAGGCACGGUGGCUGGGACCCCAGGCCCAGCAGCUGGCGCUUCCCCCCACUGGGACUCUUGGGACUUCUAAGGCAGAAGGAGGUCCUACGAGCUGCAGUCCUCCCAGUCCUCAAGGGACUGGAUAUUCAGCACCCUCCCCUCAGCACCCAUCAAUCCUUUUAUAAGCCACACAUUUUCAGAUGCCUGUGCCCAUACAUUAAAAUUUGGUUGAAUAUGCCCAGAGCAAUUGGCAUGUCCGGCUAUUGUCCUGAGCUCUUUAGACACGGAAUCUCUGGGUGCCUGGGUGGUCAGUUGGUUAAGCAUCUGCCUUCGGCUCAGGUCUUGAUCCUGGAGUCCUGGGAUCGAGUCCCGCAUCGGGCUCCCUGCUCGGGAGGGAGUC